AUGUCCAUGCGACUCGCCGACAAGGACACCGUGCAGCUGCGCUUCCCCGUCGGGACGCGCGUGGAGUGCAACUGCGGUGUGUGGAAGGCCGGCACGAUCGUGCGCCACUUCUACACGCAGCGAGACUUUGACGAUGGCAAGUGCGUGCCGUACCAGGUCCGGCUCGACGAUGGCAAGCUCAUCUUCGCGCCUAACGACGAGGACUCUGUGGUUCGGCUCCUCGAACAACAGCCCGGUGGUGGUGGCAGCCGUCGCAGGGCGAAGAAGGCGCCGGUGCUGCCGCAGGGCGCGAACGAGCCGUCCCGCUUCAAGGUCGGCGACAAGGUCGAGGUCAAGAUCAGCCGCAACUCAGAGCCGGGCUCUCCGCGUGGCGUCGAAAUGAUCAGCGCGCACAGCAUCGCUGGCGGGCGCUGGGUUCCGGCCAAGGUCGCCGCCCUCCGGUACGCCCAGGACGACUGGUGUCCCGGCUUCUACUGCGCGUAUGCCGUCCACGUGCACGGGGACAUGACGCCCGACGGCAUUCAGUACGCGACGCCCGUGCGCGAGGACGACGAGCGCUGCAUCCGCGCCGCGCCAGUCGCGCCUCCGCCGCCUCCGCCGCGCUUUGAAGUCGGCCGGCGGGUGGAGUGCAACGGCGGGCAGCUCGGGUGGCGGGCGGGGGUCGUGUGCGAGGUCUGGCCCGAGGCGCCCUCGGGGGACCUCGGCAUCCGCGCGGUGCACGUGGUCGAGUGGGGCGCCGGGCACGAGGCGUGGGACGACGCAAAGGGCGUCGAGGCCGCGUACGACCUCCUCACGGCCGGCGCGCUGCGGGACAAGAGGGCGCUGCCGAGGGUGGGGCUGUGCGGCGACGCGGCCGCCGUCGACGCGCUGGGCGACGCGGUGGCGGCGUGCCCCUCCGAGGCGCGGCGCGUCGCGCUGAUGCUCGAGCAGGUGCUCGCCACCGCCGAGGAGGCGACGCCGCGCCACCCUCUCGUCGGGAGGCGUGUGCGCGUGCACGGGCUGUCCGGCAGCGCCGAGCUCAACGGGCAGCGCGGCACGGCGGUCCGCUACGCGCCCGAGCGCGAGCGGUACGAGGUUCGCCUCGAUGACGGGCAAGACGGCAAGAGUGGGACGGUCGGAGUGCGCGACGUCAACCUCUCGCCCGAGGAGGAUCCCAUGGUGACUUGCCCGAUCUGCAUGGACGUGCGGCUCACCGACCCGCUCGGCCCGGCGCGCAAGGGCCCGGGCGAGGGCAGCGCGACGGUCACUCUCUGCUGCGGCAAGGUCGUGUGCAAGGAAUGCCACGACAAGUAUAUGCUCGGCGGCAUGGACCGCGAGGCGCAGACCUUCCCGCCGUGCCCCUUCUGCCGCGAGCCCACCGGGUACAUGGACGAGCACGCCGACAAGCGGCUCGAGCGCGAUCUGCUCAAGCGGCGCGCCACGCACGGCGACCCUCUCGCCAUGUACAACCUCAGCGGCUCCUUCGACAAGGGCCACCACGGGCUGCCCGCAUCCCUCGCGUGGGCGGCACUCGCGGCGAUGGUCGGAGGCCACGUGCGCGCGAUGAACAACGUGGGCUUCGCGCUCAAGGAGGGCGAGGGCAUCCCCGCCGACGCGCGCCGCGCCGCGCGCUGGUUCGCGCGCGGCGCGGUGCUCGGCCACAUAUCGUGCGUCUGGGCGCUCGGCAAGGCGUAUGCGGACGGGGCUGGCGUCGCGCGCGACUUCGCCGCGGCACGGCGGUGGCUCAAGCGCGGCAAGCUGAUGGGCGACUCGCCGUGCGCCGUCGACCUCAGCCGGCUGCCGGCGCCGCACGGCGAGGAGCUGGGCGGCGGCGGCGGCGCGUCGUCGCCCGGAAGCUUUCACAUGCCGCCGCUGAGCACGAUGCCGCCGGAGCUCGUGCAGAUGAUGAUGGGCAGUCCGGGCAUGCGCUGGCCAUGA